AUGAUGCUAUCGCUUGUGCUAUCGUUGAUUUUCCUCUCCGUCACCACUGUCAGAAGUAAAGAAAUCACGAAGCUGAAUUCCGAGUUCAACCUUGAUGCCUCGGACUAUGGCGAGGGAAUACUCCGUCUUGUGUUGAAGCCAAAUAAGGACUGGUUUUAUGAGGUGGAUUCGGUAGUGGUAAGGGAACCAGUGGUCGGGGAACUUCAAUCAAAGUGCGACGGUGCUAGUUGCACAAUUUCCAGUGGGAACUGUGCCAUCACCACUACAGUGGAAGGAAACAGAUUCCAGGCAAAUUACCAGUGUGCUGGCUCCAUGCUGACCUCUGUGGAUCUAUCAUUGGAUCACCUAGAGGAACCAUCUGUGAACUUUUCCUUUCCAGUUGCUCAGCGUCUCUACGGCAUUCCGGAGCAUUCUAUGGAUCUGGCUCUGAAGGGAGAUGUCACCUAUCUGAUGUACAACACAGACGCAUUUCAGUAUAAAAUCAACGACCCCCAACCACUGUAUGGUUCUAUUCCCUUUCUCAUCGCGCACUCAGUGAAAGUAACCACUGGUGUGCUCUUCCUCAACAGUGCCGGAAUGAAGGUAAAAGUGCUGUCCGAAAAUGGGAUGGGUUGCCAGUGGGACGCUGAGGCUGGGUUAGUUGAUUUAUUCUUCUUUCCAGGCCCCACACCUGCCCUAGUGCAACAACAACAUGCCUCUAUCACGGGUCCUACAAUUCUUCCCCCAUACUUCAGCCUGGGUUUUCACCAGUGCAGGUGGAAUUACCGCAGUACGGAGGACUCGCUCGGUGUUGAUCAAGGCUUCGACCAACACAAUCUUCCCUACGACGUUCUCUGGCUUGACAUCGAACACACUGAUAACAAAAAAUAUUUUACGUGGGACAAGGACACAUUUCCCGACCCUAAGUUGCUUGUUGGGACGUUAGCCUCAAAAGGACGAAAGCUUGUAACUAUCAAAGAUCCUCACGUUAGGGUCGAGCCGGGCUAUUUUGUACACGAUGAGGCCAUGCAGGGUGAUUACUACGUGAAGAGCAGCAGUGGGGACGGGCCCUACGUUGGGCAAUGCUGGCCGGGUCGCAGUUCGUGGCCGGAUUUUUAUAACAAAAGGACACGGGACUGGUACGCCACAUUCUUUCACCACGAUAGGUAUGAGGGGGGAAGCCAUGAUGUUCACACAUGGGUUGAUAUGAACGAACCAUCCAUAUUUGAUGGACCUGAAAAGACAAUUCGUCGCGAUGCCAAACACACCAGUGAUAGCGGGAAGUUGGUUGAUAACAAAUACAUUCACAACAUAUAUUCGCUGUAUACCGUGAUGAGCGCACACCAGGGGCACUUGGAGUCCAGCAAAGGACUUGACCACGUGAAGCGGCCCUUCAUUCUUACACGGAGCUUCUUCUCUGGCUCACAGCGUUAUUCAGCCAUGUGGACCGGAGACAACAUGGCAAAGUGGGAUCACCUACAGAAUUCCUUCCCAGAACUUCUGUCCCUUUCGGUCUCCAACUACGUUUUCAUUGGUGCGGAUGCGGGUGGCUUCUUCUUUGAUCCAAGCGAGGAACUCUUCGUGCGGUGGAUGCAGGCAGCCGUUUUCUACCCGUUUAUGCGGACGCAUUCACACUUGGAAACGAAGCGUCGUGAACCAUGGAUGUUCGGUGGGGCCGCGACGGACAGAAUCCGUGCCGCCCUGGCGCUUCGCUAUUCGCUUCUCCCCUACAUCUACACACAGUUCUUCAUCAGCCAUAGGACUGGCUCAACUAUCAUGAGGCCCCUCUUUUAUGAGUUCCCCCAUGAGGAACAAUUCUAUGAUGAACAGUACACUUUCAUGUUUGGUCCGUCGCUGCUUGCAUCGCCUGUCAUCAACGAAGGUGAGACAGAAAAGGUUAUUCCCAUUCCUAGCGGCAGUAAAUGGUAUUCUUAUGCCACUGGUGAAGUGGUCCUGCCAGGCCAGCACCGCGUCAAAGUGGAUAUGGACUCUAUACCGUUUUUUCUCCGCGGUGGCCACAUCAUUCCAGCAAAGUUGCGCAUGCGUAGAGGGACAUUCGGAACCAAGCAUGAUCCCUUCACCCUCUACGUCGCGCUGAACGAUAAAGGCAAUAGUGCGGGAGAAUUAUUCAUUGAUGACGGAGAGUCAUUUAACUAUGAGUCGGGGGCAUACAUCCACAGACUGCUGUCAUUUACUGAUGGCCGCCUUGUCAACACGGUGCACCCUAAUUCGACGGCGAAUGCGAUGUUUACCGCAAAGAACAGGGUGGAAAGGAUUAUCAUUCUCGGGUACGAAGGAAAGCCGAAGGUGGCCAUGAUAGAAGUGCCAACGCAGUCAGUCAUUAUGGGACGGGAAGUUGACUGUGAGAUAGAGGACGGGUCCCUUGUACUGCGGAACCCGGAUCUUCCAAUAAGUGACGACUGGACCAUUGUGCUGAAGAGAUAG